AUGUCCUACAAUAAUGGCAACACUUAUUCAAAGAGUUAUAGUAGAAAUAAUAAGAGGCCCUUGCUCGGAAAGAGGUCGUCACAUCCUCAGUCCCUAGCGAGGCCACCGCCACCAAAGAGAAUACGGACUGGUAGUAGUUAUCAGUCAACUACAGAUAAUAUUUCGUCUCAUAGGCUAAAUUCAAGUGAUCAACCAGGUGCUACGAAAAGUCGUAGUAACAAUAACUUAUCUCGCUAUAACGAUGCAUCUUUUCAAACAAAUUCCAGAUAUCAAGGUUCAAGAUACAAUAAUAACACAUCGUAUGAAAAUAGGACUAAAAGCAUGAAAAGGGAUGAAACAAAAGCCGAAUUCCUAUCUCAUUUACCAAAGGGGCCUAAAUCUGUCGAGACAUCAAGAUAUAAUAAUUCAUCCAUCACUAAUAAUAAUGAUAUAAAAAAUGGCAACUAUGCGUCAAAAUACUACAACCACAAAGGCCAGGAAAUACGGUCCGUGAUGACUAAGAAAGUGCCAGUUUCAGUUCUAAGGCAGCAAAGGAGCACUUCAAUUUAUCAAAGAAUAAUGCAGGUGGGAGAGGGAACCUAUGGUAAAGUUUACAAGGCAAAAAAUACAAUUACAGAGAAGUUAGUGGCACUGAAAAAAUUGAGAUUACAGGGUGAGAGAGAAGGCUUUCCUAUAACCUCUAUACGAGAGAUUAAAUUAUUACAAAGUUUUGAUCAUCCAAAUGUCUCUACUAUAAAGGAAAUAAUGGUCGAAUCUCAAAAAACCGUAUACAUGAUAUUUGAGUACGCUGACAAUGACUUGAGUGGAUUACUAUUAAAUAAGGAAGUUCAAAUUUCUCAUUCGCAAUGCAAACAUCUCUUCAAACAAUUGCUGUUAGGAAUGGAAUAUCUGCAUGAUAAUAAGAUUUUACACCGUGAUGUCAAAGGUUCUAAUAUCUUAAUCGAUAACCAGGGAAAUCUAAAGAUAACAGAUUUUGGGCUAGCAAGGAAAAUGAACGCCCGGGCCGACUACACCAAUCGCGUCAUUACGUUGUGGUACAGACCACCAGAACUAUUGUUGGGGACUACAAAAUAUGGAACGGAAGUUGAUAUGUGGGGUUGUGGCUGCCUCCUAGUGGAAUUAUUCAACAAAACUGCAAUUUUCCAAGGCUCUAAUGAAUUAGAACAAAUAGAAUCAAUCUUCAAAGUUAUGGGGACUCCUACAAUAAAUAGCUGGCCAACGCUUUAUGAUAUGCCGUGGUUUUUUAUGAUUAUGCCACAACAAACUACCAAAUAUACUAACACUUUCUCUGAAAAAUUUGAAAGCAUUUUGCCAUCUGCAAAAUGUCUACAAUUGGCGACUAAUUUGUUAUGUUAUAACCAGGCGAAAAGGUUCACCGCAACUGAAGCUUUACAAAGCGAAUAUUUCAAAGAAGAACCUAGGCCUGAACCUUUAAUUCUUGAUGGAUUGGUAAGUUGCCACGAAUACGAAGUCAAACUUGCAAGAAAACAGAAACGUUCUAACAUCUCCACCAGCACCGGGAACAAAGGCAAUAACAGUAAUAAUAAUACUAAUGAUGACGAUGAUAAAUAA